CUGGGGUUGGCGUCAGCAUGCUCAGCCUUGUUGACGCGUCUCUUCAAAUCAAAUCCAGGCGGAUUUGGUGGAGAUAAUUAAGCCCAAGAAAAAUCAAGCGGGAGAGACAAUUGUCCCAGAAGAUGAUGAGAACAUGCAACUCUCGGCAGAGGUGUGCAAAUCACUGGAUCUAUUGCCACCCGACCCCAACGAGCCCAAAAUUACGCUCCGAUUCGACGGUACACCGGCUGCCGUGACUUCUUCCGGUGUCGAGCAAGGGUACAUGAUCCCAUUGACCUCCAAGGAAGCGGGGCUUCCCUACUUGCAGUACAUUAAAGCCGGCAUUAGCGGUACGGGCCCAUUAUGGACACUUAUAGGUAGCGGUUCCACGAUCGAUACGCUGCCCCCUUCUGUGGUGCCGCUACUGGGUCUGGACCUGAAAACUGCAAAGCGGCCCUGGAGAAUCAGAAUGGCCGACGACGCCAUAGCAAUGACGAACAAGUUUGCAUUGGUCAACGUCGAUACGGGACCACUGUCGUUUCCCCUUCGCAUGUGGGUGUUGGGCGGGCCAUCUUCACAUUGUAUUCUGCUGGGCCAAAACUGGAUCAGAAGAACCCAUACUGAGCAAUCAUGGAAAGAUUUGACACUGAUCCUGAGCGACCGAGACGGCAGGGAAUGCCAAUUGGCAUUGACCGACUCUCCUUUCGACGCAGCACCCGCAAUAUUUAGACGAGGUGGAGGACCAAGUCCGACGAGGACAAAAAUAAUUCUCAAAGGAAAGGAAACAACAGUCAUUCCCAAAGGCACCAGAAUUAAGAUAGCCGCCCUCCCUUCAUUCGACAGGACCAGUUGCGAUGCUGAGAGACCCGAGCAGGGAGUGACGGUUGAUUUUGCCAGCAAUAUCUACGAGGACACCACAGAAAUGACACCUAAGCACGGGGAUUCGGUUGAGGGCGGAAAACGGGAGUUUACCCGGGAUGCUUCAUCUCUACCGCCAGGAACAGAGACAUUACCCCGGGAAGACUGGCAGCCCACGGUACCUUUAUUACCUUUAUGGCCAGACCCUCUGGCCGACGCGUACGACGAGAUAGCAAAAGAUUAUAUUGCUGAGGAGAAAAGAGCCCCAUCGCCAGAGGAGAUCCCCGGAAAGUGA